AUGAUUAUAAUCGAAUAUUAUUAUAAUCGUGAUGGUACGGAAUUGGUACGUCAUUUUCUGAUUGAACCAUCAUCAAAAGGUGUUAAAUUAAAGGGUUGUAAUAAUGAACCAGUAUUUGGUACCCUAUCUGCACUUGUAUAUCAACACUCAAUUAUACCACUUGCGCUACCUACCAAAUUAUUGCUACCGGAAUACGAUCCGGCUAAUACACCGGAACAUAUCUCUGCUGCACAACAACUUCUACAACAGGGAGCUGCAUGCAAUGUAACGUACAUCGUUUCAUUGGAUACGGAAUCUUUAACCGGACCCGAAGCUGCUCGACGAUGUAUCGAUCAAACUUUUGAACUUCUCAAGCAAAAAAUGAUACAACCUGUUUCAGUACAUUUUAAGGUAUCAUCUCAAGGUGUUACAAUAACGGAUAAUACAAGGCGGCUUUUCUUUAGGCGACAUUAUCCUGUGCAAUCCGUUACAUACGCUGGUUUAGAUCCUUCCGAUCGAAGGUGGGAUAAUUCGUACCUGGAAGGUAGCAUGACAAAAUAUGUGAAGAAUGCUCGAAUGUUUGCUUUUGUGGCACGUAAGAUAGGUUCGAGAACGGAUAAUACGUGCCAUAUUUUUGCGGAAUUAGAACCAGAACAACCAGCUAUAGCUGUUGUAAACUUUAUCACUAAAGUUAUGAUGGGACGCAGAUGA